AAAAGCCUCUAAAAAAAAAAAAAAAAAAGCGCUGACACACAGCGUGACAGGGCCUCAGCUUAUUUUAAUUUCACCUUCAUCUUCAUCUUCACCCUCACCUUCCUCUCCUCUGCGGCUGAAGAUGCUCCACAGUCUGAAGCCCACCGAGCUGCAGUCCAGAGGUUUCUGCUUUGAAAACAGCCGCAGGAAUGCAGUGUUGGAGUCCAACUUAUCGGAGCUCGGCUACAAAGCUCCCAAUGCCAGAAAAACAGGAACCACCAUCGCCGGGAUCGUUUACAAGGACGGAGUGAUCCUGGGAGCAGACACCAGGGCCACAGACGACAUGGUGGUGGCCGACAAGAACUGCAUGAAGAUUCACUACAUCGCUCCAAAGAUCUACUGCUGCGGCGCCGGCGUGGCUGCAGACGCAGAGAUCACCACGCAGAUCAUGGCGUCCAACGUGGAACUGCACACGCUCAACACCGGGCGACCACCCCUUGUCGCCAUGGUAACCCGACAGCUGAAACAGAUGCUGUUCAGGUACCAGGGUCACGUCGGUUCAUCUCUGAUUGUCGGAGGAGUUGAUGUGACUGGAGCUCACCUGUACAGCGUUUACCCACACGGCUCCUACGAUAAACUGCCUUUCCUCACCAUGGGGUCUGGAGCUGCAGCUGCGGUCUCUGUGUUUGAGGACAGAUUCAAACCAAACCUGGAGCUGGAUGAGGCGAAGCAGCUCGUACGGGACGCCAUCGCUGCAGGGAUUUUCUGUGACCUGGGUUCAGGCAGCAACGUUGACUUGUGUGUUAUCACCGCAGCUGGAGUGGAGUACCUGCGAGGCUAUGACAAGCCCACGACGAAGGGCAAGAGAGAGGGACAGUACAGGUACAAACCAGGCACCACGGCCGUCCUCUCCAAAACUGUGACUCCACUCUCCCUGGAUGUGGUCGACCAGUCUGUUCAGAUCAUGGACACUGAAUAAAAUACAAUAAAAAUACUUUAUACUGGAAUAAACUCUGUUCAAUGUGUGGUGAUAACAUGUUGGUGUACUGAUAAUGAAAGACCAGUGUGGUGCAGGAUGUAGAAGAGGUUGUCCCACAGCAUCACUUACUGUAAAAGUCAUGUUGUAAUAAAAUCUUCGUUUUGUUAAAUGA